AUGGUGCACCCAGCCUUGGCCUGCAGCAGCGAGCAGAGAGCCCGCAUGCACCUGCCUCCAUCGGAGCUCAGAAAUGGCUCAGCCCCUCCUUCCGAGUGCCCUAAGCACCGCUGCUUGGCUCUGCAUGACGGGCCUGUAGGUGGUGCUGCCCAUGCUUGUUCCCAGUACAACAGGCUCCAUCUGGGCACAGGGGCUGCUAAGAUGAAGGACGCUGUACAGUUCUCAGGAAGCUCAGUCAUUAAUUUUGGAAGAGUCAAUGUCAUUCCGCCUGAUGCACCACGCGCCAUGUGCUGGGCCCUGCUCCUGCUGCUGCUGCUGCUGCCGCCGGCGCUGCUCUCGAGCCAGGCAGAGCCUCCCCAGCAGAGGGUGCCGCUCUUCCGGCUCAUUCAGCAGGGCCCCCGGGAGGGCGGCGGCAGUAACGCCACAGGCUCCACCUGCGAGGGGAUCCCUGCCGCAGAGGCCACCUUUACCCUCGCGAACCGCAGCCUGGAGCGCCUGCCCGGCUGCCUGCCACGCACACUGCGCAACCUCGACGGCAGCCACAACCUGCUGAGCGCCCUGAGCGCGCAGGAGCUCGGCGCGCUGCCCCAGCUGCAGGUGCUGACGCUGCGCCACAACCGCAUCGCCGAGCUGCGCUGGGGCCCCGGCGGGCCGGCGGGCCUGCAGACGCUGGACCUCAGUUACAACCGGCUGGCCGCCCUGCCGCGCUGUGAGGCCGGGCCCGCGCCGAGCCGCCUCCGCGCGCUGCACCUUGCCGGGAACCCGCUGCGGGCGCUGCAGCCCCAGGCCUUCUCCUGCUUCCCGGCGCUCCGAGUCCUCAACCUCUCCUCCACCGCGUUGGGUGGCGACGGCCAGGAGGCCAUCGCGGAGGCGGCGUUCACGGGAGCGGACGGUGGGGCCCUGGAGACGCUCGAAGUCCUGGACCUCAGCGGCACAUUCCUCACCCGCGUUCAGUCAGAGUGGAUCAGAGACCUGCCAAAUCUCACAUCCCUCUACCUGAGGAGGAUGCCCAGGCUGAGGAACCUGGAGGGGGAUGUUUUCAAGAUGACCCCCAACCUACGGCAGCUGGAUUGUCAAGACUCCUCGGCCCUCAUCUCUGUCCACACACAAUUCUUUGAAGACACACCUCGCCUACAAGCCCUUCUCGUCCAGAACUGCAACUUGAGUUCCUUCCCUCCUUGGAAGUUGGAUUCCUCCCAGGUCCUGUCCAUUAACCUCUUUGGCAACCCCCUCACUUGUAGCUGUGAGUUGUCCUGGCUCCUCUUGGAUGCAAAGAAAAUCGUCCUGAAGAGGGCAGCAGACACUGUGUGCACACCAGCUGCAGACUCCAGUGGUAUCUUCUCAGCCCCUCUUCCUCUCUCCCGGCUGCCCAGUGUGUGCCAGUCAGAUCAAAACAUCACCCUUGUUGCUUCAAUCCCACCCUCCUCUGACCACCCCACUCAUGCCCCAUCAACCCUGGGCAUGAUGCUGGCGUCUCCCGCGGGUGCCCCCAACCCCCCGCCCAGCACAACCCCCCGCUUUCAGCCUGGAGGAGGGCGACAGAAUGUCACCAAGACCCCCUCCCUUCCCAUGAAUUCCCCGACUUCAGCCGCGGGGCCCCAGAACAGUGCCCCGGAAGGUGCCGCCCACUCCACCACCAUCUCUACAGGGGGUUACCGCAACUCCAGCGUCCCACCCAGGGCUGUGGGCACAGCCGGGACAGAACACCGAGGAGAACACAUGGGGCCUCACAUCUCAGCCGUCCCUACCCCAUUCACCAGCAAACAAAGUGGUCCCUUUCCUGUUUCUGGAAACACAGUGAGCCCGCCUCAGCCCAACCAGAGGUCCCCCGAGGCCCCCCACCCGACCCCCACUGAGGGCGGGAUCCCCGUUGUCCUUUUGGACGACGACAACGAGGAGGAGGAAGGAAAGGCGAAGGAGGUGACGGGGACAUCUCACCAGGACAUCACUUGUGAUUACCACCCCUGCAAGCACCUCCAGACCCCGUGCGCAGAGCUGCAGAAACGCUUACGGUGCAGAUGCCCAGGCCUCAGCGGGGAAGACACAGUCCCAGACCCGCCCAAGCUCCAGGGGGUGUCCGAGGUGACGGACACGUCAGCGCUCGUCCACUGGUGUGCCCCCAACUCCGUGGUGCAAGAGUACCAGAUCCGCUACCACCCCGAGGGCCAGGCGGAGGCCCCGGCGGCGGUGGGGCAGGUCCACGCCCUGGCGCGGCAGCACCCCCUGUCCGGGCUGGCGCCGGCCACCACCUACCACGUGUGCGUCCUGGCGGCCAACCGCGCGGGUCUGAGCCGGCCGCGCACCUCGGCGUGGAGACUCGCCUGCGCCGCCUUCACCACCAGGCCCAGCUCGUCGCUGGUGCCGGUGGCGCUGGGCACCUGCAGCGGCCUGCUGCUCCUCAGCACCCUGGUGCUGGCCGCCUGUCUCUACCGGCGGGCCCGGGCGCCCCACCCGGAGCGCCACCACACGCACCUUGUGGCCUACAAAAACCCGGCCUUUGACUACCCGCUGAAGCUGCAGACUGUCAACUAGCCCCAGGCCCAGAGGCUGGCUGUUGGUGGCCCGUGGCGGAUUACCACUCAUGUCUCAAACGGGCUCCCCCGUGAAUUCUUGAACUGAAGGAACUGGCUGCCUGCGUGCAGACAUGAAGAUACAAAGGGUCAAAACGUCCCUGCCGGCUCUGAGGGCCUGUAAGCCCCGGGAAACCAGUACUCGUCGGGCACACGGAACUUGCCACGCCGAGUUUCUGAGUCCAAAGAAAAACCACGGCCUCCUGCUCUUGAAGACUUUUUUCCCAGAAACGUGGUCAACGCCAGACCACUCCCACUGCCCCCGAAGACAUGGCCGUGUUUCAUUUGGGGUUUUCAGCAGUUAGUGCCCCUCAGUACCCAGCAGAAAGAAUUGUGCAUGGAAGUAGGACCGGAUAAAACAGAAAUCACAACGCAGCCUCUUCUGCUAUGGGAAAUGACACCCUCAGACCUUUCAGGGAAGUUCCCUCAAAGACAAGGGCAGCUCUGGCUAAGGCACAAUGAACGUGUUACCCAAGAUAUCCACUCCAGUGGAUUCCUGAAAUUGGGGAGGAGGGGGAAGACCUUGUGGUUAAGAUUCUCAGAGUUCUUCUUAGUUUAUUCAUCCAUCUCAGGACAGGAUGAUAAAGUACUUCGUAGCUUCACAGUUUAAACCGCUGUCUUCUGGGUGCUUCAUUUAUGAAACAGGAAAAGGCUGUUCUUUUUAAAGUGUGUUGGCUGCAUUUCAGCUAAGACUAACUGGACAAAGAACUGUGAACUCCUUUCUUAGGAAACGUAAGAGGCCCACUUUGCAGAAUUUUUUUUUUUUUUAAUGAGGGAAGAAAUGGCCAAAACAGAACGUCGAGGCUCCAGUUAGAGGCAUAAGCCUUUCUCUUCUCCCAACUGCAUCAAACAAUGAUUGGUGUCUGAGUUUCCAGUGUCUUACUAUACUUUUACUUUUUCAAGUUCACACAAACUUAAGUGAUUCUACGACAUUGUGAGGGCCAUGUUUUCAUUUUCUAUGUUAGCAUUUAUUUCUACUGUAAAAAAAACUUUGAUUCCCAUUUAUCUUUUGUGUACGUGUUAAACUCCACAAAAAUCAUGCUGUGGAAACCACACAUCCAGGUUUGACCCUAAUAACUGAAUUGUCUAGCUGAAGGAGAUUCCCGAAGUUCUAAGGUAGACCCCUAGCUUCAUUACAUUUGAAGCCAAGAGAACUGGACUAAGUGAUUUCAAAGAUCUCUACCAACUCUUGAUUAAAACUUGCAAAGUAAUAGCCAAAAAUGUGAGUAAUUAGUGUAAAGUCUUCAGACAUAUAAUUUUUUUUAAGCCUACUGCUAUCAAGACUUAUUGAGUCUAUUAUGUAGAAGUAUCAAUUUCCAUCACCUUUUGAGUGUAUAUGCAUAAAUAUGCAUUUAAAUACAACUAAUUCCAAUAGUUUUGUCAACUGGCAGAAUUUGCAUGUUUUAUAACUAUUCAGUACCCAAAAACCUGAGGAGGAAACUUAGGCCAUCUUUCUAAGGGUUAAGGUGGAAAAAGUAUACAAGGGUAAGUCGAAAAGUAUUGCAACAAGGAUUCCCGUCGUAUCUGCACAGGUUCAUUCCAAACAAAAUGUGUUUAAACAUGUCUCUGCCAUCAGUGGAUGGCUGCACUCAGUAAUACACUUGUCUUAGUCUUGUUAGGGUGCCUUUUUUUUUUUUUUUUAAUUGUGCUUUAGAUGAAGGUUUACAGAACAAACUAGUUUCGCAUUAAACAAUUAGUACACACAUUGUUUUAUGACACUGGUUAAUAACCUCACAACAUGUCAACACUCUCCCUUCUCAACCUUGGGUUCCCUAUUACCAGCCUUCCUGUCCCCUUCGGCCUUCUAGUCCUUGCCCCUGGGCUGGUGUGCCCUUUUAGUCUCAUUUUGUUUUAUGAGCCUGUCCAAUCUUUGGCUGAAGGGUGAACCUCAGGAGUGACUUCAUUACUGAGCUGAAAGGGUGUCCCGGGGCCAAAGGAUACUUCUUGUGCCAUGGGAAAAAACAAUUUUGAGGUCAGGGCUAAUAUCAAAUUUUUAACAAAACUCAAGCAGACAUCUUCCCAAAUCACUGAAGCUUUGCAACAAGUUUAUGUGAAUGCUGCCCCACAUAAAACAAGUUUUUAGAUGGAUCAAGCAUUUUAUGAAAGGUCGGGAAGAUCUGAAAAAUGAGCCGAGAGAGAGAAGACCCCUUUACAAGGUUAUGGUGACUGUUUUUUGGGAUUCCAAAGGGGUAAUCAUGAUAGAUUUUCUCAAAGGACAUAGGAUGAUCACCAGGGCUUAUCAUGAAGUUUGAUGAAAACCGCAUUGUGAGAAAAAGGCCAGGAAAGUUGCACCAAGGAAUUCUCCAUCAUGACAACGCACCUGCUCAUGCUUCGAGAGUAGUAAGGGCUGUCCUACCAGAAUUUCACUGGGAAACUUUACCCCAUCCACCCUACAACCCUGAUCUUCUCCCUUCAGACUUCUUUUUGUUCCCAGAACUCAAAGAACAUUUAAAAGGAACACAAUGUGAGUCCCUUGAGGAUACCAAAACUCCUGUUUUGAUGUGGUGUAACUGAAGAGUACAGAAUUCAUCGGGGGAAGGGUUAGAGAGAUGGAAACACCACCUUCCGAAGUGUACAGACCUAGAGGAGGGAUAUGUCGAGAGACAACAGCUUCACAUUUUGAUAUUUCUGUUUAAUAAAAUUUUCUAUGAUUUUGUAGCAAUA